UUUUCCCACGGGCUGGCUUGACCUUCCCUCUUUGCGUUCUGAACCGAGGAGGAAGCGUGCAAGCGGUGUGCAGGAGGAGGGGAAGAAUGCACGCGGGGUGUGUGCGGCAGCCCGCGCUGGGGCCCCGGCUGCUGGUAGGGUAGGGUCUCCACCCGCCUCCGCCCUCCCCCCGCCCCCCGCCCCGACACCGCGCCUCACGUCUCCCUGGCAACCUGGGACUCAGAAGUGCAGUGCAGGUGUCGCCGCGGGGACAUCGAUCGGGGACCCUAGGUUGUGUCAAACUCCCAGGUCCAGGAAAACCAUUGUUAGCCAGAGGGGGCUGAAGCCAGCCUCUGUAGGCGCGGACUCUGCAGUGAAUCCUUCCUCCACCCUCGCCCCACAAUCCUUUCCCGAAUUUGGGAAGAUGAAGCAGGAGCUGGCCAACAGCUCGGACGUGACCCUUCCGGACCGGCCGCUGUCCCCUCCUCUCACUGCGCCGCCCACCAUGAAGUCUGCAGAGUUCUUUGAGAUGCUGGAGAAAAUGCAGGGGAUCAAGCUUGAAGAGCAGAAGCCGGGACCCCAGAAGAACAAGGACGACUACAUUCCAUACCCCAGCAUUGAUGAGGUUGUGGAGAAGGGAGGCCCGUACCCCCUGAUCGUCCUGCCCCAGUUUGGGGGCUAUUGGAUUGAGGACCCCGAGAACGUGAGCACACCGACCUCGCUGGGCAGCAGCAUCUGCGAGGAGGAGGAAGAGGACAGCCUCAGCCCCAGCACGUUUGGCUACAAGCUCGAGUGCAAGGGUGAAGCCAGGGCCUACCGCAGGCACUUCCUGGGGAAGGAUCAUCUAAACUUCUACUGCACCGGCAGCAGUCUGGGGAACUUGCUGCUGUCCAUCAAGUGCGAGGAGGCCGAGGGCAUUGAGUACCUUCGGAUCAUUCUCAGGUCCAAAGUGAAGACCGUGCAUGAGCGGAUCCCCUUGGCUGGACUGAGCAAGCUGCCCAGUGUCCCUCAGAUCGCAAAGGCGUUCUGUGAUGAUGCAGUAGGGCUGAAAUUCAACCCUGUCCUGUACCCCAAGGCCUCCCAAAUGAUUGUGUCCUAUGAUGAGCAUGACGUCAACAACACAUUCAAGUUUGGGGUUAUUUAUCAAAAAGCCAGGCAGACCCUAGAGGAGGAGCUCUUCGGGAACAAUGAGGAGAGCCCAGCUUUCAAGGAGUUCUUGGAUCUGCUGGGGGACACCAUCACGCUUCAGGACUUUAAAGGUUUCCGAGGUGGCCUGGACGUGACCCACGGACAGACGGGGCUGGAAUCCGUGUACACGGUGUUUCGGGACAGGGAGAUCAUGUUUCACGUCUCCACAAAGCUGCCCUUCACCGAGGGAGAUGCCCAGCAGCUCCAGAGAAAGAGACACAUUGGGAAUGACAUUGUGGCCGUCAUCUUCCAAGAAGAAAACACGCCGUUUGUCCCAGACAUGAUCGCCUCCAACUUUUUACAUGCCUACAUCGUCGUGCAGGCUGAGAACGCGGGCACAGAGACCCCAUCCUACAAGGUCGCUGUCACUGCACGGGAAGAUGUGCCUGCCUUUGGCCCACCUCUGCCCAGCCCCCCUGUUUUCCAAAAGGGCCCGGAGUUCAGGGAGUUUCUGCUCACCAAGCUCACCAACGCAGAGAACGCUUGCUGCAAGUCAGACAAGUUUGCCAAGCUGGAGGACCGGACGAGGGCUGCCCUCCUGGACAACCUUCACGAUGAACUCCAUGCCCACACACAGGCCAUGCUAGGACUGGGCCCCGAAGAGGACAAGUUUGAGAAUGGGGGCCACGGGGGAUUCCUGGAGUCUUUUAAGAGGGCCAUCCGCGUGCGCAGCCACUCCAUGGAGACCAUGGUGAGCAGCCAGAAGAAGCAGCACAGCGGGGGCAUUCCCGGCAGCCUCAGCGGGGGCAUCUCCCACAACAGCAUGGAGGUCACCAAGACUACCUUCUCGCCUCCAGUGGCGGUGGCCACGGCGAAGAACCAGUCUCGGAGCCCCAUCAAGCGGAGGUCGGGGCUCUUCCCUCGUCUGCACAUGGGCUCUGAAGGCCAAGGGGACAGCAGGACACGAUGUGACAGUGCAUCCAGCAACCCCAAGACCCCAGAGGGUGGACACUCUUCUCAAGAGAUAAAAUCUGAGACCUCAUCUAACCCCAGCUCUCCGGAAAUCUGCCCCAACAAGGAGAAGCCCUUCAUCAAGUUGAAAGAGAACGGCCGAGCCAACAUCUCCCGCUCCUCCUCCAGCACCAGCAGCUUUAGCAGCACGGCGGGGGAGGGCGAGGCCAUGGAGGAGUGUGACAGUGGGAGCAGCCAGCCAUCCACAACCUCACCCUUCAAGCAGGAGGUGUUUGUCUACAGCCCGUCCCCGAGCAGCGAGAGCCCCAGCCUGGGGGCAUCCGCCACCCCCGUCAUCAUGAGCCGGAGUCCCACAGAAGUCAAAAGCAGAAACUCCCCGAGGUCAAACCUGAAAUUCCGCUUUGAUAAGCUCACCCACGCCAGCUCCAGUGCGGGUCACUAAUGGGAAAGAGGAGUCCUUCGCUUGUCAAAGGGAAGCCCCGAUUCUGUCUCGGAGAAGGCUCCUAUUCCAGCAGUUUGGGGGUGCCGUCCACUACUCUGUCACAGGCCUGCUUCUCCACUGGCCACCUGCCCACCAGACCAGCGGUCUAUCCCAGGGUCCCAGGCUGGCCACAGCCUUGCCCAUCCCCGCCAGCACUUCCCCAUCUCUGGACCAGGCCUCAUGCCUCCGGGCUCCCCCUGCUCCUGACCACCCGAUGUGCUGUGUGUCUGGGUCACUUGUCAUCAUGUUUUGUCUGCAAGGGAACGAGUUGGGCAAGGGGGUACCUGGGGCCCCGUCAGAGACCAGAGAGGCAGAGAGAAUGGUGAGGCGGGCAGCAGAGGCCGACAGCAGGCACUGCGCCCCAGGGAGAGGCGACACUGUGUCCUGGACGUGGUAGGCAGGAGGCUGUGGCCACAGUGCAGGCAUUUAGUGGUGGUAGAAGGAGCACCUUUCUAGGAGCCCCAGUUGGUCGCUGUUCUGGAAGGCGUCCUGAUAGAAAUUGGUUGUGCUGCUUCCGCGUGUCCGGAGCUCCCAAAUGUCUGUUUGCAUCUGUGCUGGGAGCUUCUUACCCAUCUGCCGACCUCAGGCCCAGGCUGCCUCCAUCCCUGUUGCCCGUGUGUCUCGAGCUGCGUGGCCGGUUGAAGCUGAGACCCAGCUGGGCAUUAGGCUCUUCCUGGAUGGCCUCAUUUCCUGCAGGCCUAUGUGGUGGCUCUGGGAGGCGCCAUUGGUCUCUACCCUGUGAGCAGACACUUUUGCCGUGAAGAGGUGGGCACAGGAGUGGGAAGGAAUUCAGGGAAAGGCAGCAGCUGGGACCAAGGGAAACCUCAGGGCUGAGGGCUGGGCUGGGAUUCAGGUCUCUGCCGGUCGUGGAGGUUCUUUGGAGGCACAAAGAGUUACUUCGGCCUCUGACUUAGGUGAGGGCCCUAGAGCUGAGGUGGGGGAUGACUGGCAGGUUGGUCAAGCUACGUGUGGGGAAGGAGCAGUUUCGAUGCCUGGCCUCUGUAGGGGGCCCAGUGCUGCCUUGUGGGGCGGGGGGCUCUUUCUAGCUACCAAGCCCUUUGGCCCUACCAGGGCUUGCUCCUCAGCCCCCACCCCCAAAUCUUCGUGUUCCCCUCUCCAGCCGCAGGUCUGUAGACAGUUGUCACGUCGGUGGGAUUCCUGCACCCUGGGCCCUAGCUGGGUGCCGUUCAGACACCACUUGUUGCCUGUACCCUUAGCCAGAGCCACCUUGGCGGGGCUGAGCCAGCUCACACUCUGGGAAGCGGCCACAUCCUUCCUUCUCCUCCGUCUGAGUCUGCGGUGUGAUAGGUCAUUUCCGCUGCCUGGCAGUGGUGGGGUGUCAGGCAAGGCAUCUUCCAAGGUAAACAAAGUCUGAAGAGCAGACCCUUGAGGUGCUACAGCUCCAAGUACAUACGGGGCCUCAGUGACAUGGGGCUGCCAGGCUGACACAGGCUGGGCUCCUGCUUUAAUGAGCAUGCGAUAAAAAUUUCCAACCAAAUGCUUUAUUCGCCUUGGGAUCUGGGCCUAUUCCCAAGGCAGGACAUGUAAAUGUUACUCUCGAUUUUGACGGAUGUGGCAGUUGCCCCAUUGCUUUUACUGUUACAGCAAAAACCUUGAUCCUGCAUCCCCAACGCACGUGGACUUUGUGGGACCCAGUUUGCAGCCUUGGGUGGACCUCUCCCCUCAUACUUUCUGGAAAAUAUGUUUCCUUCAAGUACUAGCCUGGUAAGAUUGAUUCUAGUUAGAAGGUCAACCAAUGUCUGUUUAGCUUUUAUUAAAAAUCCCUGUAGCAGCACCCGCUGCUGGAAUGAGGCCCGCGGAUUCUGGCAGCGUUCUGUUGGCUGGGUUUCUGAAGGAACUUGAAAGGUCAAACUGCAUUUCUUUAAAAACUGUUCCAGGUUCUGGCUCGCGUCUCUGGGUAGUUGGUAUUUACAGCUGCCUGGUGGUUGUGCUGUGCUGUGUUUGUCAUGGUUUAGGGGUCGUCUGGGGUUUUCAGGUUGUCCCCGUUCUGUGCUACUUGGGAACCUUCUAUCUACCUUCCCCAAUGCUCUGGCUGCUCACCCUGCAGCCCCCACACCCAGCGGCCAGGAUGGCGAGGUGUGUGAGAGGCAUAGGUGGGCCCCCCAAGAAACUGACCUUAGAAGUGGCCUCUACCCUCUGUUUGCUAAUGGCGUGCUCCUGGCAGGAUCUGAAAUGUCUCUCCCUUGGGUUCUGCCUCAUCACACCUAGAAAGUUCAUCCUGUGGCUUCCAGAGUGUCCAGGACCAGCCCCCACCUCAGGUCCCAGGGCUAAAGGGGAGGCGGAGGACAAGGACAGGCCAGUUUCCCCUCAUCCCUCUGGACCACAAGACAGGCAGCCUGGGUCCAGGAGGCUGCUUCCUUCGCACCCCUCGUGCAUCUGCUUUCCUCUAAAAUGUCUUUCCUUUUAUUGCCCCAGCUGGUCUUGGGGCUCAGCGGUUGCUCCAGCCUCACUGGUCCUUGUGACUAGGCUCAUCCUGCGGUGCUCUUACUGGUUUUUGAGGCGUCCCCCAGGAGAAGUGUCUCUGGCUCUGGGACCUGCGUGACUCACAGAAGAAGCUCUACUUUUCAGGCUCUGUAGGGCACCCACAUACCUCUGGUGACUUGAUGCUUAAAAACAGAUACAAAAAGAGCUCAAGAGAGAAGGUCUUAGCCAGCGUUUCUGUCUAUGCUCAUGAGUGGAAAUGGUGUUUCUGGAAAACUAGUCUAUGGUUCAGCCUUGUCAGCUUCAUCUCCACGUCCAAGCCUUCUGGGCCCCUUUUAGCAUCGCAUCCAACCGUUUCAUCUUCCAGGUGAGAAACUUCAGCUCCAGCAAAGGGAAAACAGCUUGCUCGAGGUUCCGUAGUCAGCUAGUGGCAGAGCUGGGAUGAGAACUCACGACCCAGGGGUCUGUUUUUGGCACCACCUGUGGGGGUGCUGCAUUUCCUGGGGCCUUGAGUUUGGGAGAAGCCAGGUAGCUGGUGCCUUGACACUGGCUGGGAGGUGUCAGCCGCCUAGGGUGCUGGUGGGCCUCUGUCUUGCUUCUUUUAUCAGGAAAGAUGCUCUCUGAGAUGUUUUCCAUGAGGGCCCUGGGGUCUGGGAUGUAGCUGGGGGCAAAAAAAAAAAAAAGAGGGAAGGAACAAGCUUCCAGGAGACUGUUCCAGUGACAUCCAUUCUUCAACCUUUGUCUGUAAUGGGGGAGGAGGUCAGGACAAAGAGGCAGUGAACCCGACCUCACUUUCCUUUAUUUUUGCAUUGAGGAAAAGCGAUCCAAGAAAGCUCUUUGUCCCUCACCCUUAAACAAAGGUGAAAACCUAGGCUCAAGAGAUCGAGCCCGUUUUAUUUUCUUAGCCUGAUUGUUUAAGCUGCCAAUCCAAACACUACCUUCAUUCCGUCCUCAGUCAACAGAGACAGGUCUGUUGUCGUGGGAGACUGGCCAGAGUUCAAGUAGAUCUUAUGGCUCUUGGUGGCCUGCAGGGACCCCCAUGGCUCCUUCCCCCUCCCCCUGGCCUCUAGGGACCCCUUUCUCAGAGGCAGGGUGAAUCAGCAGUUUGCCAGGGCUGUCCCUGCAGCCUUGGGGCCCGGCUGGGCAUUCUGCUAGGCUCUGCUAGCUGUUUUCCCACCAGCGCCUUGCCCGCCCCACUCCCACAUCUCCCUCCUUUCAGCUGGGCCAUGAGCCCCUUUGGGAGAAAGGAGACAAGUCCCACGAAGGCCGAGGACAGUGGAGUCCUGCCUAGUGAGAGGCCGUGGGGGCAGCGGCCCCAAUCCUAUAUACAUUGUCAGCCCCGGGGAGAGGAUGUUUGGCUGGAAGGACUGGAAUGUAGAUGCCAUCAUUUCUGAUUUUGUGACAUUUCCGCUUGGAAGGGUCCCAUCCCCGCUUCCCACUCCUCAGCACGUGUGCCAGCUCUCCCCUGUCUCGGGCGUGGUCCUUCCGCACUGCCGCCCGGAGUGCUGCCGUUUAAUUGUGAAGAGACGCCUCUGUGUGCUAGAACCCCAGAAGUGUAGCUUGGAAACGGUGACCUGUGUGAUGAUGACUUUUCUGUUUUUCCUCUUGGCGAGGAGGUGAUUUGUAGACCCCCGACUGCCUAGGUCAUGUAAAUAGUGUACAUCUAAUUUAUUGCUAGGGUAGCAUAUUGUAUUUGUUAAUGUAUAAAACAAAUUCUAAAGGUCGACAAAUGUAUAUUUUGUUGCUUACAUGUGUCUUUGCAGAAAUUGACAAUAAAUAAGAUAUUUUGUGUC